AGGAGCUCUGAGGUGAAGGUGCUGAUCAGAGCCCGAGAGAAGGCUCAAGUGAGUCAAGCUGAAGGACUCCUGGAGCAACUGAAGCAGGAGAUAGCUGAGCUGAGGAAGAGAAGCACUGAGCUGGAGCAGCUCUCAAACACAGAGGAUCACAUCCAUUUCCUCCAGAGUUAUCCGUCUCUCUCUCUCCAGAGUUAUCAGUCUCUCUCUCUCUCGCUCUCUCUUGCUCUCUCUCUCUCUCUCUCUCUCUUGCGCUCUCUCUCUCUCUCUCUCUCUCUCUCUCUCUCUCUCUCUCUCUCUCUCCAGAGGUAUCAGUCUCUCUCUCUCUCUCUCUCUCUCCAGAGGUAUCAGUCUCUCUCUCUCUCUCUCUCUCUCUCCAGUAUCAGUGUAUCUUCAGACUUACCCAGCAUCAUUGUCCGUCCUCUUCAGUACUUUGGAGAUGUGAGUAAGACUGUGUCUGAACUGAGAGAGAAACUAGAAGACUUCCUUAAAGGAGAAUGGACCAAGAUCUCCACUACAGUGAAUGUAGUGGAUGUUGUACUGCCUCCAGAGCCCAAGACCAGAGAACAGUUGUUACAAUAUUCCUGUCAGCUCACACUGGACCCAAACACAGCAUACACAGACCUCUCUCUGUCUGAAGGGAACAGAAAGGUGACCUGUACAGGCCAAGUCCAACCAUAUCCUGUCCAUCCAGACAGAUUCACCAACUGGUGGCAGGUUCUGUGUAGAGAGGGUCUGUCUGGACGCUGUUACUGGGAGGUGGAGAGGACUGGUGAUGUUGAUACAGCAGUCUCAUAUAAAGACAUCAGCAGAACAGAGAGAGGUAAUGAUGGUGGAUUUGGAUACAAUAACAAGUCCUGGAGUUUAUAUUACUAUAGUGGUGGUUAUUGUUUCAGACACAAUCAUGUUGUGACUAAAGUAUCAGGCCCUCAGUCCUCCAGAGUAGGAGUGUACCUGGAUCACAAGGCAGGUACUCUGUCCUUCUACAGUGUCUCUGACACAAUGACCCUCCUCCACAGAGUCCAGACCACAUUCACUCAGCCCCUCUAUCCUGGGUUUUAUCUCUAUGAUUAUAAUGGUUCUGCUGAGCUGGUUAAACUGUAAACUGAUUUGUUAUUAAUUAAAAUUCAAUACAAUGUUUUAAUCCUGUACAUUUCCAUGAAUCAUGAUGUCUGGUGUUGAUGUAUAUUGGUUGUCAUUCAGAACCAUUGAUAUGUUUUCUCAGUUGGUUCUCUGUCUCUAUGUAAUUCUCCUCAGUAUCAUUGAUCAGCUUGUUGGCUCGGUCCUAAUUGAUGUGUUCUCUGUCACCUGGAGCUGCAUGGAAAAUGGUCCAGGAACUAAAGGACAAUUCAGGACUAGUCAGCCCACUACAAGCUGGUAUCACUUCCUUUCUACUAAACUAUAUGGUCUGGUUUCCCAGACACAGAUGAAUCCUAGUCCUGGACUAAACAGUAUGUUCAAUGUAGAUGUCCAGGAAACCGGCCCUAAAUGUGUCAUCUUUCAUCCUCCCAUACUGCUCAGUCCAGCAACAUUAAACCUGUCCAGCAGGUGGUGCUGUUGACCAAACAAUAAAACCAGCAGAUAUCUUGACUUGCCACUCAGUAUAUCAGUAAUGUUCAGAAUAGUACUUUAAUAUCAUUGGAGAUUGAUGGUCUUUUUAAUCCACUAUCCAGAGUCAGGAACAGAUGAAGUUAGGUCUGCUACUGUUC